AUGACUCCUUCACCAGUGACAGCUUUCGGUCCUGAAUCUCUUGGGAUCAUACUGGUCAAAGAUAUCCCCGAGGAAUUUGUAGAGCUGAGACAUAGUUUGCUCUCAUAUUCAUCUUAUCUCGGAAACUUGCCAGAAGUUCAACUCGAGAAGCUCGAAAAUGCGGCUGCAAAAUAUCUUACCGGUUGGUCUCGUGGGAAAGAGACUCUCAAAAAUGGCCAAGUGGACACGCUCAAAGGAUCAUACUAUGCGAAUUGUGCAUUUUACGUCGACCCAUCUCUUUCGUGCGCAGUGCCUACCUCUGAAUUUUCACCAGAAAAUUUCCCCGAAUACCUCAGUCCCAAUUUAUGGCCAGUAGAAAACGUUUUGCCCGGUUUCCAGGGUACCUUUGAAAAAUUGUGUCGCAUUAUCAUUGACACUGGUGUACUUGUCGCUCGAGCUUGUGACAAAUAUGCAGAGAAGGAGAUUCCUAACUAUAAACGUGGAUACCUUGAGCAUGUUGUGAAAACUUCAACCACAACCAAAGCGCGAUUACUGCAUUAUUUCCCGGCAGAAGCGAAGGAAUCUUCGGAGAAUUUAGACGAUGAUUGGUGUGCUACACAUCUAGAUCAUGGCUGUCUAACUGGUCUUACAUCGGCUAUGUUCAUCAACGAGACUCGCAAUCCGCCAGCGAUUCCGGUAUCCUCCUCAUCUCAUCCAAGCACUUUAAGCCCACUAAACGAGCUUCCUGCAUCUCCGGAUCCAACCGCUGGACUUUACAUCCAGUCUCGAAGUGGUGAAACUGUUCAGGUUAAAAUCCCUAAAGAUUGCAUCGCAUUCCAGACGGGAGAGGCUCUCGAGAGAAUUACUAAAGGUAAAUUCAAGGCAGUUCCUCACUACGUGAGAGGUGUGCGACCAGGAAUUGCAGAUGGCGAAAACAGAGGAGGAAGAAUCGCGAGAAAUACUAUAGCCGUAUUUACUCAGCCUAAUUUGGACGAGGUUGUGGACUCGGAUAUGGGUAUUACUUUUGGUGAAUUCGCCCGAGGAGUAGUAGAGAAAAAUACUACGAAGUGA